CAGGGUGUACCCCGCCUCUUGCCCGAAGACAGCUGGGAUACGCUCGUGAAGAUAAGCAGUAGAAAAUGAAUGAAUGAAUGUUCUCCUAUUUGGUGAUGACAGAGAAGAAGUGGUCUACAUGGUGACGGACAUUGUGGCCUCUGAUGCACAGUCCAGUGGGCCCUGCACAUUGAAAGGCAAUGAAUGAAUGCUUGGCUACUUUAUUCAGAUGUUUUCCAAGGAAUUUUUUCCCUCCACAAGCUGAACAAGAAGCAUUUUAAGUCUUAAAUCCGACUCUAAAUUGUCCAGAGGAGUGAAUUUUGAGUGUGAAUGGUUGUUUGUCUCUAUGUGCUCUGCGAAUGGCUGGGGGUAAGUCCAGAGUGUACCCCGCCUCUUACCGGAAGACAGCUGACAUAGGCUCCAGCACAAGGACAAGCAAUGUAGAAAAUGGGCGGAUGGAUGGAAGUCUUAAAUUCCAGCUAGGAGACCAGGGUUCAAUUCCACCCUCGGCCAUCUCUGUGUGGAGUUUGCACGUUCUCCCUGUACAUGUGUGGGUUUUCUCCGGGUACGCCGGUUUCCUCCCACAUUCCAAAAACAUGCUAGGUUAAUUGACUCCACUCCAAAUUGUCCAUAGGUAUGAAUGUGAGUGUGAAUGGUUGUUUGUCUAUAUGUGCCCUGUGAUUGGCUGGCCACCAGUCCAGGGUGUACCCCACCUCUCGCCCGAAGACAGCUGGGAUAGGCUCGUGAGGAUAAGCGGUAGAACAUGAAUGAAUGAAUGUUCUCCUAUUUGACGAUGACGAAGAAGAGGUGGUCAACAUGGUGACGCACAUUGUGGCCUCUGAUGCACAGUCCAGUGGGCCCUGCACAUUGAAAGGCAAUGAAUGAAUGCUUGGCUACUUUAUUCAGAUGUUUUCCAAGGAAUUUUUUCCCUCCACAAGCUGAACAAGAAGCAUUUUAAGUCUUAAAUCCGACUCUAAAUUGUCCAGAGGUGUGAAUUUUGAGUGUGAAUGGUUGUUUGUCUAUAUGUGCUCUGCGAUUGGCUGGGGGUAAGUCCAGAGUGUACCCCGCCCCUUACCGGAAGACAGCUGACAUAGGCUCCAGCACAAGGACAAGCAGUGUAGAAAAUGGGCGGAUGGAUGGAAGUCUUAAAUUCCAGCUAGGAGACCAGGGUUCAAUUCCACCCUCGGCCAUCUCUGUGUGGAGUUUGCAUGUUCUCCCCGUGCAUGCGUGGGUUUUCUCCGGGUACUCCGGUUUCAUCCCACAUUUGACGAUGACGGAGAAGAGGUGGUCAACAUGGUGACGCACAUUGUGGCCUCUGAUGCACAGUCCAGUGGGCCCUGCACAUUGAAAGGCAAUGAGAGGCAUUCAUAACGAGUUUUAUAACAAGUAAGGACAGCUGGGAUAGACUUCAGCUCUCCCCGCGGCCCUCGUGAGGAUAAGCGGUAGAAAAUGAAUGAAUGAAUGAAUGAAUGAAUAUUCCAAAAUGACAGGAAUAUUUGAAUAUUCCUGUAAUGUUGUGUACUUUACCUUUAUAAGAACCAAAGGUUCAGCUAAAUACUUCACCUUUCUCGAUGUCAAUAAUGUCUUUUUAAAGGAGCUAAGUGAUGUCGGUAAAGGUCUUUCAUCCAAAGUGGGGGACUUAGAGGCUAACAGAGAAAAGAACCGCUAUCCGUACAUCUUACCGUAUGACCACUGCCGGGUGAGACUGUCCAGUCAAAACUCCUACCCUAACUCUGACUACAUCAAUGCCAAUUUUGUACCAGGUGGAGGAUCAGAACGAGACUUCAUCUGCACCCAGGGUCCAAUGCUCAACACGAUAGUUGAUUUCUGGAGGAUGGUGUGGGAGCAGAACGUUAGGAUAAUUGUCAUGGUGACAGCUCUGAGACACAAAGACAUGGUGCUAUGUGACAAGUAUUGGUCUCUGCAACCAGGAACAGUUUACCACGGAUCGUUCCAAGUGACAACAAUGACUCGGAAACAAGGCCCGGACUAUUUUACCUCUACCAUUAACCUCAGACAGCAAGACUGUCCCACAGAUAGGAUCAUAACCCACUACCACUAUCCGUCCUGGCCGGACCGCGGCGUUCCCACAGAUCCGUCCUCACUCUGUGCCUUCACAGACCAGGUGCGGCAACAUUUGAAUGCUAUUCCGCGUCUCGGUCCGGCUGUCGUGCACUGCAGUGCAGGCGUUGGACGAUCGGGGACAUUUGUCACGCUGCUGUGGCUAAUGCAGCUGUGUGUGAGGGGCAUCCGGCCCGACAUCCGAGCCGCCGUGGCUGACCUUCGACUACAUCGAAUGUGGAUGGUUCAGAAUCUGGAGCAGUACAUCUUUGUUCAUCAGUGUCUGCUAUAUUGGAUCCGAGGGGGAGCAUCUCCAGGCUUUAUUCAAUCUGAACAUGCAAGUCAUGAGGUGAGGAGAAGAAAUCGCCAUCACGGACGAAACGCUCCACCACACCAACAACCUCAGAGCACAUUUCACCAGAUUUUACAACCUGGGAAGCUACUACGGCGACUGCUACCUUCUUCAUCACCGCUAAAUUCAGGAUCACAUGCUUUGUGAGAGCCGUGGUUGGCAUGUUGGCCACGCAGUCAGGAGAUCGGGAAGACCUGGGUUGGAACGGGAGGGUUUUCUCUGUGUACUCCAGUUUCCUCCAUGCAGAAACAUGCAUGUUAGGUUCAUUGGGCGAGUCCAUAGCUAUGAAUGUGAAUGUAAAUCAGGGGUCUCAAACACGUGGCCCGCGGGCCAAAUGUGGUCCGCAGGACACUAGUUUGAGGCCCCCGCCUUGAUAUGAAAGUUUAAUGUCAGUGCGGCCCGCGCAAGUUUGAUAUGGAUGCUGUAUGGUAUCA